CCUCCUCCUUCUCCUUCUUCUUUAUUUUACAUAUAUAUUUAUAUAUAUAUAUAUAUAAAACAAAGACAUAGAGAAAACCUCCAUCAUCUCCAAUCCACCAUUACUACACUGCUCCCUCUCAACCCUACACUUUCCCCUCCCUUGUCCCCCAUCUCCUUCAAAGAUAUAUCCCUUCAGCCACUUCUUCUUCUUUGUUUAAUACUAGUGUGUGUGUGUGUGUGUGUGUGUGUGUGUGUGUGUGAGAGAGAGAGAGAGAGAGAGAGAGAGAGAGAGAGAGAGAAUGGCUUCUUCAGGAACAGGGACAACAACAUCAUCACCAUGUGGUGCAUGUAAGUUUCUAAGGAGGAAGUGCACAAGGGACUGUAUCUUUGCACCAUACUUCAACUGUGAACAAGGUCCUGCAAGGUUUGCAGCCAUACACAAAGUAUUUGGAGCUAGCAACGUGUCUAAGCUCUUGUUGCAUGUUCCUGUUCCUGAACGUUGUGAGGCUGUUGUUACUAUUUCUUAUGAAGCACAAGCUCGGAUUAGAGACCCUGUUUAUGGUUGUGUCUCUCAUAUCUUUGCUCUUCAGCACCAGGUAGCCUUGUUACAAGCACAAGUAAUGCAAAUGAAGGUACAGUUAGCUCAAAAGACGACGGCGAUGACGGCUACGACAAUGGCUUCUCGAUCAUCAUCAUCAUUGUCGUCGGAGAAUCACCGGCAUCAUUAUUGGCAAGGGAUUAACAAUGGAGAUAUUAACUCUGAAACUUUUGGUCAUCCAAAUUAUGUUUGCAUGCAGAUGCAAUCCAUGUCUCCACAAAGUUCUCUUGAUUCUUGUUGUGCUGAUGGAAUAUUAAUGCCUUCUUGUUUAUCAUCAGAAGGUGUUGUUACCACCCAACUUUGUACUAAAAGGAAGGCUCCCUUUGAUGAGUUGGGUGAGCUUCAAGCUUUGGCUUUAAGGAUGAUGAAGAGUUAAUUAAUAAAUUAAUAUUUAUUAUAUAUAAUUAUUAUUAGUCUUAUGUAUAUCUAUCUAUA